AUGCAGCGCCCGCUGAGGUCUGGGGGCUCCGGGGGGCUGCGGCUGCUCGUCGGCCUCCUCCUGCUGAACAGCAGCCCGGGGGGCUGCGGCGACGUUAACGCCCACGAUGGCCAGGGCCAAGUUGGAGUGGGGCAACUCUGGUCCCUCCAAGGAUUCACCAGUCCAGUCUUCUGGCACCUGCAAGUGGUACUCCAGCAGAUUGUGCCCCAGGGUCUGUUCUGGAAGGAUGACAUCACCCAGGAUGUGAUGACCCAGAAGAUGGGACACAUCAGCAGACUCCGCCCCCAAGAUCCAUGCAUGAAGGAUGGGAAGGCAGUUUUCCCCACUAAAACCAGUGGGGUGAGGGGCAAGAAAGAGGACAAACUUCGACUCCUAUUCCCCAAGAGCCCAGUAGCCAAGAUGAACAAAGAACAAUGCUUUACCUCCAAGGUAUCUUCAAAGGCCCUGAAAAGAGAGGUGGCCAGCCCUGUCAAGGUGUCCUUCUGA